CACGCAUUGCGGUACACUCUGCGCAUGCGUGUUGUAAAGUGCUGGGACCAUGGCUGAGGACGGAGCUAUUAGUGCGGAGAGUCUGAAAGAAAAACUAACGCGGGAGCUGCAGGCCGAGCACGUGGUGGUAGAGGACACAUCCCUGAAUCACUGCUCUACCAGUUUUAAGGUGCUGGUGGUGUCUCCGCUGUUUGAAGGGAAAGCCCUCUUGCAAAGGCACAGGCUGGUCAACGGCUGCCUUGCUGAGGAGCUGAAGAUUAUUCACGCAUUUGAACAGAAGACCUUCACACCUGCGCAGUGGGAGCAAGAGAAACAAAAACACGGGUGAUGACCAACCCCUGCAGCGUGGCAUUGUCAUGAGCGUGCACGUGCCAACUUUUGCAUCAGGGAUAGCAAAUGCUGAUCUUCCGCCCUCGGACUGUCUCAGGACCAGCCUGCUCAUGUAUAACUUGUUGGGAAGUACUUUACUGGCACUUUGGAAUUAAAGGGGUCACAAUUCUUCUGUUUCUAUCAAUAAAGACUUUUCUUCAGUAAGAGAAA